UGCCAAGUGAUCUCAGUGGUAUGAAAAGGAAGGGAACAGUGUCUAAGUGAGAUUACCGCUGAACAGUUACAGUUCAACACUUUUGAGAACACCAUGCAAUUGGGAUACAGCUACCUUAUGCUUGUGAUUUACUUCAGUCACCUAAGGACUCAAGUUGUACCCAAUCGGUGUCCGAAUGGAUACAUUCAACAGAGUAAUACUAAUGGCUGUGUUGAUGACGAUGAGUGCUCUGGAGGAAAAGACAUUGUAGAAGCUUUAUGUGGUACGAAUGCUGUUUGUUACAACACGGCGGGAAGCUUCUACUGUAAAUGUAAGGAAGGAUAUAUGAACUCAAACAAUGGAAGGAACUUCACAAAGCGGGAAAACUGCAUAGAUAACGAUGUGUGCUCUGGAGGAAAAGACAUUGUAGAAGCUUUAUGUGGUACGAAUGCUGUUUGUUACAACACAACGGGAAACUUCUACUGUAAAUGUACGGAAGGAUAUAUGAACUCAAAGAAUGGAAGUAACUUCACAGUACGGAUAAACUGCACAGAUGACGAUGUGUGCUCUGGAGGAAAAGACGUUGUAGAAGCUUUAUGUGGUACGAAUGCUGUUUGUUACAACACGGCGGGAAGCUUCUACUGUAAAUGUAAGGAAGGAUAUAUGAACUCAAAGAAUGGAAGUAACUUCACAGAUGACGAUGAGUGCUCUGGAGGAAAAGACAUUGUAGAUGCUUUAUGUGGUGCGAAUGCUCUUUGUUACAACACAGCGGGAAGCUUCUACUGUAAAUGUAAGGAAGGAUAUAUGAACUCAAACAAUGGAAAUAACUUCACAAAGCGGGAAAACUGCACAGAUGACGAUGAGUGCUCUGGAGGAAAAGACAUUGUAGAAGCUUUAUGUGGUACGAAUGCUGUUUGUUACAACACGGCGGGAAGCUUCUACUGUAAAUGUAAGGAAGGAUAUAUGAACUCAAACAAUGGAAGGAACUUCACAAAGCGGGAAAACUGCACAGAUUCACAUUCCAACAGCUCAUCACUUCAGGAUAUCAGUUCACUUGCUGACCAAUUUUUCAUGAACUUAUCAAAGUCAAACAAGACAAAUUCAACGGAAUUCUACAAGUCAAUUUCCAACUUCCUGGAAAGAAUGGAAAAUUAUGCAAUUGCUGCUGCCCUGAAAUUACAUCACAAUGAAAUAAAAACAAUCUCUUCCGAGAGUUAUGAAAUCGUUAUGCAAGCAAUUCGGAAUAGCGCAUUCCUUAAGGUUAAUAGGUUAAAGUUAUCCACUACCAACAACAGCCUGGACAUUGGCUGGAGCAGUGUGACAGGAAACGGGAACUUCGAUGUUGCCGCUGUUGUUCUUAUAACCUACAAAGAUCUGGGCUCCCACAUGAAACCGACUCUUUUGGAAGCCAGCAACAAUGAAUCCAAGCUGCAACUAAAAUCCAAAAUUGUUACUGUUGCAGUAACAAACAAGAACACGAAAGAUCUUCCUGAACGAGUCAAUCUUACCAUUGAGAACCGGCUUACUAAUGAAACACCAAAAUGUGUCUUCUGGAAUGGAUCAGCUAGUGCCUGGUCUGAACAUGGCUGCAAAGUGCUCAGGUUCAACGUGACACACGUAGUUUGCAGCUGCAAACAUCUGACAAGCUUUGCUGUGCUUAUGGCCUUGAGUGAAAUAGAGGCAGUUCAUGGCUUCCGUCUGCAUAUGAUCACUAUUUUUGGCAUUUCUUUUUCUCUGGUGUGCCUUUUGAUUUCAAUCCUCACCUUCAGCCUGUGUCGUUCCAUUAAAUGUAUCCGGACAACUAUCCAUACACACCUUUGCAUCAGCCUCUUUAUAGCAGAUUUUCUUUUCAUCGUUGGAAUAGACAAGACCAAAGACACGACUGUCUGUGCUGUCAUCGCAGGAUUCCUCCAUUAUUUCUUCCUGGCCUGUUUUGCUUGGAUGCUUCUGGAAGGAAUCCAGCUUUACCUCAUGGUGGUGCAAGUCUUCAAUGCAAAGAGUCUUCAGGCAAAGUACAUGUGUUUGUUCGGCUAUGGAUGCCCUUUGAUAGUGGUUGGCAUUUCAGCUGCUGUGUAUCGUGAAGGAUAUGGAACAACCAAAUAUUGUUGGUUGGACCUAAAAUCAGGCUUUCUGUGGGCUUUUCUGGCUCCAGUUUGUAUAAUCAUUCUGUUGAAUGGAGGAUUCUUCAUUAUUACUGUGUGGAAACUGGUUAAUAAGUUUUCAAGUAUUAAUCCUGAAUAUGGCUGGUUGAAGAAAAUCAGGAUCUUUACCUUCACUGCUGUUGCUCAGCUCUGCCUCCUGGGAUGUGUAUGGAUAUCUGGCAUGUUAUACUUCGACAAGAAAGGGAUUGUUAUGGCCUACAUCUUCACUGUGUUCAACAGUUUCCAGGGAAUGUUCAUCUUCAUCCUGCAUUGCCUCCUUCAUAAACAGGUGAGGGAUGAAUAUACGAAAUUCUUCCUUGGUGUUUGCUCUCUGAAGAAAACUUCAAAGUACUCUGAGUUUUCAACCUCUACUACACAGAGCCUAAAAAUCACACACGAGACAGGGAUGUGAAUGACAGGAUGUGAGCCUGCAGCUGCUUACAAAGCGCAAGAGAGCACAGGAGCAGCAUCGCACUGACUUACUUUGCUUGGCACUGUCAUCGGAGAAUGCCCCAUCACUGUCGCCAUCUUUCUCUUUCUUACCUCCAUCGCACUGUAGAAAUUUGUACAAACUUCAGAAAGGGAAAACUUUGCUGUCUGAGAGUUUGGUUGUUUCAGCUCUCUGUUUCAAAUCACCUUACCUGUAACUUGAGUUCAUCAGGUUCCUAAAAUAGGACUAGACUGUACAAUAACGUGUGCAACAAUACCAGUCUGAUUCCUGGGGAAAGCAAGGAAUUCCCUUACAUUUCAAGCACUAUCACGGGCAGAUCUGAUGAAGCUCUCUUUGAAUUUAAGUUCAGUGAAUGUCUAACUGGUGAUGUUUGGACAGAGGUUGGAAAGGUGUCACAACUUCAGGAACAGCCACGAGAAGGUGAGGAAGGAAAGGAUUGGCACUCAGCUGGUAUUGGAAGGAGUUUGCAUUGGUAAAGAAUUCCUGUGGAUGUGUGGGAUAUUUUGUGUUGAGUUAUUGUUCAAUAGUCAAGCACGCUUCAUCCACUAUCCAACCACACCUUGCUCUGACCCUUGAGUGUCUGCUAACCUAUUUAAACCAGUUCAUAUAAAAACAGCUCCUCAUUUGGCUUUUGGAUGCUACUGCUUUGGUGACACAAUAUUAUGACCAUCAUAGCCAGUCAUAAUGGGGGACUUUCAAGAGCCAGCAAAAACACAUUGCAGAUUCACACUGACGAUGCCAUCCCCUGACUGGCUCUGGUAUGUCUGAGUUUCUGUUUAACAGAUGAUGUUUGCAGUGUCUAACAAGAGUGACAAUGGGUUAAAUCCGACAGGAAUAUUCUGGCUCUUGCCACCACUAGGCAAGAAACCAGAGUUGGCCCAGAUUAGGAUGGAGUAGAAAUUCCUCAGCAGCAAAAGACAACAAGGUCUCCACUGCCAGUUAGAAGCAGCUGCUGCAUAGGAACAACAUCUCCUCCUGAUUCCUCAUGUCAGCAUCAGAAAGCAGAUCACUGGGGCAAUAAUUUGCAACUAUCCUCUCAGGCAUAUUGAAUAUGCACAGAGUAGUUCACAAAGGGAUUUCCCAUCAUCACAUUCUCAAAGACAGCUGGGGAUUGAACACUGAAUUUUGGGCUUGCCCGAGGCUGAUUAAUGAAACAGCAGCCAAAAGUGAAACAUGGACAUGGUUCAUGUCUCCCCUUGGCCCAAGUUUGAUAGUAACUGCUGCAGAUGAGACAAAUGCUGUUCACUCUGUUCAAGAAGCAGGAUGGUAUGCUGGUAAAUCUGUUUGUACUCUAUUAUAUAGUACACUGAGUGUGGAAAUAAAUAACUUCUGAAAAAUGCAAUGCUUUGAUUUAAUAAAAAUAUGAAAUUA